CCUGUUCAUGUGCAAUCUUACACUAAAUAUGAAAAAUCUUCCCUUGUUGAAAUUUUUGUGGCAGGAACAAGAUAUGAGAUUCCUAAGGAAAAUAUUCUUAAAUAUCCGGGAACGUUACUUGAGCAAAUGCUUCCUGAACUUGUGAAGGAAAGUAGAGGGCAUUACAUUUCCUUCAACCGCUCAGAUGACUCCUUCAAAGCCAUUCGGAACUUCUACCUUACCGGCAAGCUACAUAUGCCCUUGAACUUGUGUCCCGGAGAAUUCGCCGAAGAAAUGGACUAUUGGGGAAUACGGUCAGAAAUUUUGGAACCAUGUUGUCGAUAUAGGUUUUUGCGUUUUAAGCAACAGGAAGAGAUGUCGAGACAGUUUCGUGAAACAAUUCCAUCGGCCAAGCAUCCCGGAACUAUUUCAGGGGAGUUCUCGUGUAGACAGCGGCUUUGGUUUAUCAUAGACAAUAGAGAAUCGUCGGUUCUAGCCAAGAUUUAUCUUGGAAUCAUCCUUCUUUUUGUUUUUCUGUCAUUGGCCUCACUAUCACUGAGCACGUUACCGAAGUUCCAGCGGAAACUGACGAUUUGCGAAGCUCGUGAUUUAAUGAUUUACGAUCAUUACGUCGAUGAUGACGUAGAAGAAUACCUCUCCCAUAAUGUCCAUUGCAACGAUGAUGCAGAUGAAGCUUUGAAGUCCAUACUUGGAGAUUAUGCAUACUACACAGACGAGAAAUUUAACGAAACGAUACAACUGUGGAACAGUCAAUGGAACACUUCUUCAGAGAUUGAAUACGACAUCGAUGAUCUUAAAUUCAAGUGGAAAUUAAAACAAAUUAAAAUACCAAAUAAAACUGCUCGUCUGAAAGAGUUUGAUUUAAUUGACCAGAUUGUGUUGGUUGUUUUUAGUGUGGAUCUUAUCCUAAGACUUGCAACUUGUCCAAGUAUAUUUUCGUAUUACAAGUCAGCGCUGAAUGUGAUAGACACGAUCGUCUUGGUUUGUGGAAUUCUGGGAUAUGCCUUGGAAAAAUCUUUGAUUGACUUCACUUUUGACAGAGGAGACCUUGAUAUAUUAGUCUAUCUUCAGCAACUUCGCGUGUUUCGUCUGCUUCGCGUCGUCCAGAAUGUUGCCGCCAUUAAAGUACUCGCUUUCUGCUUCAAAGCAAAUUUUAAGGAAAUAUUGGUUCUUAUAUUAUUUUUAUUUGUCGGGGUUAACUUUUUCGCAAACGUGCUCUACUUUGUCGAACAGAAGCACAUAUCCAGCAUUCCACAGGCGUGGUGGUGGGGAAUAAUCACCAUGACAACUGUUGGUUAUGGUGAUCUCUAUCCGGUCACCGCUGUCGGGCGCAUUAUUGGGUCUUUUUGUGCUCUUUGUGGAGUUAUAGUUCUUGCUUUAAUCAUUCCUCUGUUUGUGAACAACUUCAUUGCAUUAUAUGAAAUGGCACAUUUGUUUGAAAAUAAUGAACUAGAGGAACAAAAAUUAAAAACAUUGCAAGUUAAAGUGCGCCCUACAUGAAAACAAUGCAACAC